AUGCCUGCACCACCGACGAAACGCUAUGUUGAAGCCCUGCAUGCGCGUAUCCUAUCCUUGGAACGACAGCUGCACGCCUAUCAACAGCAAGAUGGUUCAUCAGGUGAUUUAGCCUCUGCGUCUAUUCCCGUAACAGAUUAUCCACAACUCCUACACUUGGAAGCCGAUUACCAUGAGAAUGCAGUCGCCCACGAUCGUGGUCUGGUAGAUGAUCUGACGGAGAUUGCGGGUCAACUAGAAAUCGCCGAGGAUGGCCAGCUACGCUAUUUUGGCGCUCCUAGUUAUUUCAACUUACUUCGAAGCAAUGCCUACGGCUCGCCGACGGAAUUCGAGCAAACCCUUUAUGGCGUCGAGCCAGCAUUUUCGUGCGACUCGAUCGAUGUCGAACUUUCCCCUGAAAUUCAAACACAUCUUCUGGAUAUGUACUGGAAGUGGCAAAAUCCAUGGCAGUAUCUAGUGCACCGUACAGCUUUCGGGAGAGCUAUAGCCAGAGGAACAUAUGAUGAGUAUUGUACGCCACUUCUCUUGCGUUGCGUGCUCGCUUUGGCGGCGCGAUACUGUGAUCACUCCGAUACUCGGCUGGACGCGCAGGACUCGAACACUGCAGGUGAUUUAUUGGCUGCUCAAGCCAAAGAGAUCCUGAGUGCCGAGAUAGAGCAUCCCUCUACAUCAACUGCCGCGGCCUUGGCUCUAUUGGCCCUCCGAGAGAUGUCGGUGAAUAAGGAGAGUUUGGGGUGGAUCUACAUUGGCAUCUCUGUGCGCAUAGCAUACAAUUUAGGUCUUAAUAUGGACUGUCAGACUUGGGUCAAUCAGCAGAAGAUCUCCGAGGAGGAGGCAGAGAUACGCAGAAUCACCUGGUGGGGCUGCUUUUCAACAUCGGCCUCGGGCGGCCAAGCAUGA